AUGAGUUUUGUCGGUCCAAUGCCGCUGAAGGCGGUGGCUCCCGCGCGCAUAGUGUCCGCCUCUCGCCAGUGCCAGAGAAGGAACAUGUCGCGAGCGAGAACGCAGAUGAAGAGGCCGGCGCUGGCUGCGCAGACACAGACACAGAAUGCGCCAUCCAUACGACUCUUCCACGCAUCACCUACCACACACGCAAUGACAGAUCCCUACAAGACACUCGGUGUCGACAAGAGCGCCACGGCCGCCGACAUCAAGAAAGCUUACUACGGCCUCGCGAAGAAGUACCACCCCGACACGAACAAGGAGCCCACCGCCAAGGAGAAGUUCGCCGCCGCCCAGUCCGCAUACGAAGUUCUAUCCGACAAGGAGAAGAAGGCUGCCUACGAUUCUUACGGCUCGUCAGCCUUUGACCAAAAUGGCGGGUUCAACCCAGGCGCCGGCGCCGGCGCCGGGCCUGGAGGCAACCCAUUCGGCGGAGGAUUUGGAGGCUUCGGUGGAUUCGGUGGUGCACAAGGCGGUUUCGGCGGCCAAGGAGGCUUCCAGGACAUCAACUUUGAGGAUUUAUUUGGCGCAUUUGCUGGUGGCAGAAGGCCAAGAGGAGGCGGUGGCCGGAGGAACCCGUUCCAGGAAGAGAUCAUGGUGGGCGACAACAUCGAAGUACAGACGAACAUCUCGUUCCUGGAUGCAGCCAAGGGCGUCAAGAAGGAGAUACACAUUACGCCGAUGGUGGAGUGCGGGACAUGUAAAGGCAAGGGCAUGAAGGCUGGUGCCAAGAAGGCCGAGUGCAAGGGCUGCGGCGGCACCGGACAGAGAGUCACGAGCAUGGGUGGCUUCCACAUGAGCGCAACAUGUUCGCAGUGUGGCGGCUCUGGCUUCGCGAUACCACGCGGCUCGUCGUGUGGAACCUGCGGCGGCGACGGAGCUGUCAAGGAACGCAAGACGAUACAGAUCGACAUCCCCGGUGGCGUGGAGGACGGGAUGCGCCUGCGCGUCAACGGCGAGGGCGAUGCAGCGCUCACAGGGCAGGCCAUGUCCGGCGGCACAGUGCGCGGCCAGAAGGGCGACCUUUACGUGCUCAUCCGCGUAGCGGCCGAUAGCAAGUUCAAGCGCAACGGCUCUGAUAUUCUUCACACUGCGACCAUUCCCUUCACAACCGCCGUUCUCGGUGGGGAAAUCAAGGUCCCCACCCUUGACGGCGAAGUCAUGGUCAAGGUGCCAACUGGCUCAGGAACAGGCGACAACAUCACCCUCUCAGGCAUGGGUAUGAAGGUGCUCUCUAGCGGACGUCGCGGUGCUGGCAAGGGAGACUUGAAGGUCGAGUUCAAGGUCAACAUGCCGAAGUACCUCUCUGUGAACCAGCGGACGAUCCUGGAGAUGCUGGCGGACGAGAUGGGCGACAAGAGCGCAAAGAGGAUCAUGAACUUGAGCAAGUUCAGGGAAGACGCGCAAGCGGCGGCAGAAAAGCCAUCGACUGCAUCGACGCCGGACGAGCACAAGAACGAGGGCUUUCUGAAGAGCGCGUGGCACAACCUCACCGGGCAACACAACCACUUGAAGAAGGAUCAGCCGAAGAAGGACGAGCCGACAAGCGAGAAGAAGGACGACGAGAAGAAGGGCGCUGGUUCGGCGUGA